CGGUUUCUGGAAACGGUUUUGCAAUUAAUCAGUUCGUUUCCUGUCUUUUAUCGGAUGUGGUGGUGGAACUUAACAGUGUGUCGCAAACGGUUACAUAGAUGAUACUGCUUGCAUUGCUCCCGUGCAAUUAGCGCAAGAGGUGUUGACAAAUUGGUAUCGUUUGAUCUAAAAAUAUUGGGUUCGAGACUGCAUCCUCUCAAAGAGCGCGCAUCCCGUGUUUACUCUCGCUUCACCGGCCAUGUGGCUACUGUCCUACCGCCGUCUCUCCUCAUCCUUCUCUUCUUCAUCUUCAUCGUCCUCCGAUUCCUCCUCUUCAUCCUCCUCCGCCGCAUCGGCAGCAACAGCAGUCGUGAUGUUCCCUUGCAACUGUUGGUGAUCGCGCGUUCGCUCCUUCCUCUCCUCGUCCGUCAGUGCAGAAGUUUGAGUGACACAACCGGAGGGAACUAUUCGAAAAGACGCGACAAUGUUGAAGCACGUGUGCCAUACGGCCGUGCUCAAUGAGAGACCUUUGGUGCAUCGGCGAAGAAGCACCUUGGGCAAGCUGAAGCUGAGACCGGACACAGUCUUCGGACACCACACCGUCGAUGUGGUCUAUCGCAAACAAAGGGGGAGACUGCAAUCACUCUCCUGGCCCAGUUCAGCCAUCGAGCCAGAGAUCGAUUAUCCAGAAAUAGAACACUCAAGCUCAUCGAGUUUAUUGAGUAUUAGGCAGUCGAAUACAUCGCACAUGGAUCCCAAUAUUAAAUCGUACAUGAAUAUGGUGGAGGACGGGUACAUGCCGCAGCAGGGUCACAGACCCGCCGGUCUGUACUCAAAGUACAGCAGAGGAUCGCACUCCUCGGACACGAGCUCCGCGUACAGCGGGUCCGACACAAUGGCCUCGCACUCGGAGAUGGAAGGUGAAGAACCAGAUCUGUCCGGUCUGAUGGAGAGCACCGUGGACAGCGACGAAGAUGACGACCUGGCCGAGAGCAUGGACAGUCUGAACGUACGCGACAGGGUGCGCGAUUGUCUAGAGAAGGACCCGAUGGAACGCUCCGAGGAGGACAUCGAGGCUCUGCUUGAAUUCACGCAGCAUUUCAAGGCUUUCACCAAUAUGACGCUUGCGGUCCGCCGGGCCCUCUGCGCCGUGAUGGUCUUCGCCGUCGUCGAGAAGUCGGGAACGAUCGUGAUGAACGACGGCGAAGAGUUGGACUCGUGGUCGGUGCUGGUCAACGGCGUCGUCGAGGUGCAGCUUCAAAAUGAGGAGCCACAGAAUCUUGUCACAGGAGACUCAUUCGGUAUCCUUCCAACCAUGGACAAACUCUACCACAAAGGUGUGAUGCGCACCAAAUGCGACGAUUGUCAGUUCGUCUGCAUAACGCAAUCAGAUUACUAUAGGAUAUUACAUCAAGGCGAAGAAAAUACGCGACGACACGAAGUGGAUGGUCAACUGGUAAUGGUGACCGAGCUCAGGGGGACAUUAGAUUCGCAAAGUAACAGAAGAGGUCACGUAGUUAUCAGAGCCACCCCGGAUCAACUGAUGCAACAACUGAUCGAGGACAACGGUUUGACGGACCCCACGUACGUGGAAGACUUUUUGCUCACGCAUCGAACGUUCAUCAAGAGCCCGCUGCACGUCGCCGGGCAACUCUUGGACUGGUUCAAAAACAUGGAAAUCAGGGACAGAGUAACCAGAGUGGUGUUGCUGUGGGUGAACAACCACUUCACGGACUUCGAGACGGACCCAGAGAUGAUCGAGUUCUUGGAGACAUUCGAACAAGGAUUGGAGAACGAGAAGAUGAACGGACAGCUACGAUUGUUGAACAUUGCCUGUGCUGCGAAGGCGCGCAUCAGGACCGUAGUUCUUGCAAGAUCCAGUCGGGACGAACCAUUGAACUUCCAGAUAAUGGGCGGGUACGAGAGGAACUUUGGCAUUUUCAUAUUGAAAGUGGACAAGAAGACGAAAGCCGAGGAUGUCGGACUGAAACGCGGCGAUCAGAUCUUGGAAGUGAACGGUCAGAGCUUCGAGCACGUCGCAAAGUCCAGGGCUCUGGAAAUCCUCUGCGGGACGACGCAUUUAAGCAUCACCGUCAAAUCGAAUCUGCUGCACUUCAAAGAGAUGCUCAACACGCCGGACAAUUCGCCGAGGCCGCGCAAGACGUCGGAAAUUUCCAAAUUGCAGCCUGAUCCGAGGGCCAGGUUGAGCAGCAUUGACGGCCACAUGAUCCUGAACACUGAAUCCCCCUGCUCUCAGCCUGUUACGAUCAACAGUCCGCAGAAGGAGAGCAAGAAACAGAGCUUCAUGACACUUGGACCGAAGAAGCGGAUACAGAAGGCCCUGAUGAAGAUGAACUUUUUACCGAAAACCAUCAUCAAUGUUGGUUCCGAUCAAGUGGAUAACUUCAAUAGCGCAACAACACUAAGCACGAACUUGUUCCACUCGCAAAGCAACCCCGACCUAAUGUCGAUCUGCUAUGACGAUCAACGGUGCACCGACUUCCCAGAGCAUGUGUUGAAAGUAUUCAAACCAGACCAAACCUAUAAAUAUCUGUUGAUACACAAAGAGACGACGGCGCAUGAAGUGGUCAUGUUGGCCCUGCAAGAGUUCGGCAUGACAGAUCCCAGUAGCAAUUUCAGCCUCUGCGAGGUGUCCGUCACGGACACGCAGACCAUCAAGCAGCGACGACUUCCCGAUCAGCUGCAGAACCUUGCCGAACGAAUCGGCCUCAGCAGUCGAUACUACCUGAAGACCAACGGCAUCAGCGAGACCCUCGUACCCGAUGAUCUCGCCCCUGAACUGGUGCGAGAGAGCGCCGUACACUUCCUGCAGUUGAACGCCGUCGAGGUUGCAAUACAACUCACCCUACAGGAUUUCAGCAUCUUCAGACAGAUCGAACCUACAGAGUACAUCGACGAUUUGUUCGAUCUCAAAUCGCGAUACGGUACGCCCAUGCUGGAACAGUUUGCGGCUCUGGUGAACAGGGAAAUGUUUUGGGUGGUCACAGAGGUGUGCAACGAACACAACCCGGUGCGAAGGAUGAAGAUCAUCAAGCAGUUCGUAAAGGUGGCAAGGCAAUGCAAGGAGUGCAAGAACUUCAACUCUAUGUUCGCCAUCAUCAGCGGUCUCGGCCACGGCGCCGUCUCGAGACUGCGUCAGAGCUGGGAGAAACUACCAUCAAAGUACCAAAGGAUCUUUUCAGAUCUGCAGCAGCUCAUGGACCCAUCUAGAAACAUGAGCAAAUACAGGCAGCUGGUGAGCGCAGAACAGAACCAACCGCCGAUCAUUCCAUUUUAUCCGGUGGUGAAAAAGGAUUUGACGUUCAUACAUCUGGGUAAUGAUAGUAAAGUGGAAGGUCUGGUGAACUUCGAGAAGUUGCGGAUGAUUGCAAAAGAGGUGCGCAGUUUGAGCAACAUGUGCAGCAGUCCGUACGAUCUGCUGACGAUGCUCGAGUUGGGAGGUCAACCCACGAGCACGGCGAUGAUCGCUCUCAACCAGAUGACAACGCAAUCGUCGCAGCACCAUCCCCAAGGACAAGCAACUGUGAAGCGAAGGAAAAAGUCUGCCGCAGCGCCGAAUCCCAAGAAGAUGUUCGAAGAGUCUCAAAUGGUGAGACGGGUUAAGACGUACCUAAACAAUCUGCAGGUCGUCACCAAUGAGGUGCGACUGCACGAGAUGUCUUUGGAGUGCGAACCGGCGAGCGGUAACACGAUCGCCGGUCAGGGUGGCCAGAGGAGGCACAGACAUGCCUCCCCGGCACCAUCGACCACAAGCAGCACGAGCAGUGCAAGCGAUGAGCGAAAGCCCAUCCCCAAAUUCGGUUCUGCAUCCCCACAAGCUGUAAAGAAACUUUUAUCUCUCUCAGAAACCGCAAAGACUCGACCCCAUCAGCCGAGGCAAAUGCAUGGCUCGAUACUCAAUGCACAGAGUAGUCCCGCCGUGCGGCGGGCCCCAAGCGCCACAGGCAGUUAUUCUAGUUACGGAUCGCAUAGUUCUAUAAGCUGUGGCGGCGGCGGUCGCGCAAUGCAUGAGAGGUCUCACUCAGACACCCCAACCCCCUUACCUUCUGUUGCCUUGUCCGCAGAGAGCAGCAGUGUCACGUCGCUUAGUAAUCCCUUGCGAAAGACGCACACGUCCGGGUCGGUGGCAUCUUCCGAUUCUGGUCACAGCACCAACAGCUCCAGCGACGCGCCCCAUUUUCCACCACGUUGCCCUAGCCCCACGAGACAUCUCUCCCAGAUGACUGGCUGGUGUCCCGCACGCGUCGGUUCUAUGCCCCCUUGUCCUCAUGCUGUCGCCGUUUUGCCCCCUUUGCCUCAAGCUUUCCGCAAUGGUAACAACGGUGGUCGUCGAUUGCCCCCGAAUUACACGAUGGCCGCAGAGAUGGCACGCAUGCAGAGGUUGGGAAGGGCGCACUCUCACGAAGGCGUUACCAAAGGUUACCAAUACGCCGCCGACCGUGACAUUGACCACGAUGAUGAGGAAACGCAGGUUUCUGCAGUUUAAAAACGUGACGUCGUCGUGGUCGUGUCAUCGAUAUAUUUUAUUUGCGUUUGGAGCCGAUUGGAGUUCAAUUUUG